UGCAUAUGCGGUUGGAAUUUAUGAGUUGAUUCUUCCAGAAUUUGGGCUCACAAACAAUCAAAUCCAUGAUGAAUUAAAAACCACCUACUCCUUAACAACGUCGUCGUUUUUGCAGUUCCCCAUUACUCCCACUCCCAUAUUCAGUGGCCAAUUCCAGUGACUUAACCAUUUUGCAAUCGAAAUUCACAUAUUUUGAAGCGAAACAGUAUCUGGGUAUUGCACAAAAAGUUCAUUUAUUGCAGUUGAGAUUCACUUCUGGUAGGAUUUUUGAGCAAAAACAGUAUCGGACUUGUGCGUGAAUCUCCAUUUUGUGAAAUUUAAAGCACAAUAGAAUCUGGGUUGUGCACAAAAUUUAGUUUUCAGACCAAUUUGAGCAAAUUACGGGGAAUUGAAUUUGAAAAGAUGGGGAAUCGAUUUAUUUGCAUGACGAAGAAGGAAAAUGGGAGGAAUGUAAUAGGGUCAAUGAGUAAAGGAAUGGAGAGAUCGAAGAGGAGGUCGUUAGUAGAAGAGGAGUUAUUGCAUAGACAAGCUUUGUCAAUGGCAAUUCAGCAGCAUCAGUUGUCUCAAAGAUUUGAGGGGUCAAUUUCCAGACGUAUUGGAUCCACUACUUCUCGCCGUCGCACUGAUUUGUCUGAAUCCAAUUCUAAGCAGUUACCAGAAUUUUUGGAGAGCAUCAAAACAAAGAAGUUCAUUUUGGUACAUGGGGAAGGAUUCGGAGCUUGGUGUUGGUACAAAACUAUUGCUCUAUUGGAGGAAACAGGAUUGCUUCCCACAGCCAUAGAUCUCACUGGAUCUGGGAUUGAUCUGACAGAUACAAAAGAUGUUACAACACUGGCGGAGUACUCAAAACCAUUGAUUGAUUAUCUGGAAAACUUGCCUGAGGAUGAAAAGGUAAUUUUGGUAGGUCACAGUAUUGGAGGUUCUUGUGUUUCCUAUGCCUUGGAGCUUUUCCCACAGAAAAUUGCGAAAGCAAUAUUUAUUUGUGCUACAAUGAUAUCUGAUGGACAGAGGCCUUUUGAUGUGUUUGCCGAAGAGCUUGGUUCGGCAGAGCUUUUCAUGAAGGAGUCUAAGUUUUUAAUUUAUGGGAAUGGUAAAGAGAAGCCUCCUACUGGCUUCAUGUUUGAGAAGGAGCAGAUGCAUGGGCUGUAUUUCAAUCAAUCUCCUGCAAAGGAUAUUGCUUUGGCAAUGGUUUCAAUGAGAGCAAUUCCUCUUGGUCCAAUAAUGGAGAAGCUAUCAUUGACACCUGAAAAAUAUGGAACAAGUCAUAGAUUUUAUGUCCAGACAUUGGAUGAUCAUGCUCUUUCACCAGAUGUUCAAGAAAAACUUUUGAGGGAAAACCCUCCUGGAGGUGUUUUCAAGAUCAAAGGAAGCGACCAUUGCCCAUUCUUUUCGAAGCCACAGUCGCUGCAUAAGAUUUUGGUUGAGAUUGCUCAGAUUCCAUAGGAAUGUAUGUUCAUAUGAAAAGAAACCAGAUAUAUUUUACUUCUCAGGGAACACGGUGUUUAUUGUUUCCUUUAGAGGCUGUACAAUCUGUUCCACGAGACAUGUUGGCUGUAUAGAAGAAAAGUUGGUUCAGUCAUCAUGUUUCAUAUCCAUUUUCAUAUUUGUUCUUUGGUUCUUAUCCAUUAUUAGUUUCUCUAUAAACACAUGAUGUAUCAAUGGCAACUUGCACAAAUCAUUCUGUCGUCAUAGUUAA